AUGCUCAUCCAAGACAACCUCCUGACACAGACUCAGCGGCUGGUGGGAUUCUAUCUUCUGUAUGACAUUUACAGGAAUGACUCCCUGCCAACGACGCCCUUCGUGCCCUUAGUCGUGGAGGUGGUCGAGCAGACCAACGAUGUGGUUGAACGAAAGUUUCUGCUGCAGUUUCUGUCGUCCUUGCCGAAGGAGCUGCCGAAGCAGAGUGUGCAGAGCUUCUUGCAGUCCUGCGAUGCAGAGCACCCGGCCAUCCCUGACCUGGACGCCUUUCGGCGGAUGCACCAGGAGAGUGCCCCCGGCGUGAGCGCGCAAGCCGCGCUGGGCGUUCGGCCGGUGAUCAACGAUCGGUCCGAUGAGGGCUUCUGGGUCUCCGAGGAGAAUGACCCCACCGGCCUGGAGCUGAACCCCGAAGAGCUGACUCUGCUCUCCUUAGAACCCGCCUGGUCCCGGCCAGUGCCGCCGCUGUUGGAACCCACGGUGGAUGAGGUCUUCUGGCUGACACCGCCCCACUUGCUCUCAGAGCCCUUGUGGGACUAUACCAUGUGCGCGGACACCUCGCGGGGCGCGGAGGUGCGGGAACUCAUUGCCAAGGCGGUCAAGACACCGCUGCCCUCGAACCAAGCGCAGGUCAUUUUUGACGGCUUGGCGCAGGACGCGAAGUUAGUGUAUCACUGCGGCUUGACGCCCAAGAAGCUGCCGGAGCUGGUGGAACACAACCCGCAGAUCGCCAUCGAGGUCCUUUUGAAGUUGAUGGGUGGCUCGCAGAUCUCGCACUACUUCACCGCGCUGGUGAACAUGGAGAUGAGUUUGCACUCCAUGGAGGUGGUGAAUCGACUAACGACCUCCGUGGAUUUGCCACCGGAGUUCGUGCAUUUAUACAUCUCCAACUGCAUCUCCUCGUGCGAGAACAUCAAGGACAAGUACAUGCAGAAUCGCCUCGUGCGCCUUGUUUGCGUCUUCCUACAGUCCCUGAUCCGGAACAAGAUCAUCAAUGUGCAGGAGCGGCAAACGCAUGUCGCAGACCUCUUUAUCGAAGUCCAAGCCUUCUGCAUCGAGUGGCUCGGAAAUGACUUCCCUCCUGGCAACGACUUGUGCGGCGGGGAAGUGGCGGAGAGGUCCAAUGCGACUGCUUCGGUGAGCAGUGCAAACGCUUCGGGGCGCUACGGCCGUGCCAGGAAUGUCGAGUAUACGAUGCUUUUGUGGUAUGAACACCCGCUGCCGAUUUACCUAGGCAGCGAGCGGCCACCGGAGGAUGAGGUGCUAAAGGCAUUGCUCAAGGUGCAAAAAGAGAAGGCAGAGCUGAACAAGGCUGAUCCCUAUUAUGGCAAGCUCACUGGUGCUGGUCGAGAAGGAGGGAAGCGCUGGCGCCUUGUGUUGCUUUGGCCGCGUUUGGAGUUGGGACAGGUGGUGGCUCUUUGUUGCUUUGGAAAACAUGAGGCCGAAUUCCAGUGGAUUCCCAAGACAGAGUACCUGGCCACGCGCAACGCCGUGGUGGCGGAACGGACGCUUGCAUGGGCUGCACGGGUUCCGAACUGUUUGGAUGGGGUCGCGACAACACAGCCCAAGAAGAAUGAGGCGCCGCCCUCCUUCUUUGACCGUGGCUGGUACGUGGAUGGCUUGGUCACAGCGGUGCAGCGCUUUGAGGAUAGUUCCGCGGCACGGAUGAAUCAGAACGGCGUCUUUGAACUGCUGGGCCUCGGAGGCUUCUUCUUUGGGUACUUUGCGCGGUUCAAGUGGCCGUCGCCGGAGAAGCGGACCACCUUGGCGUUUCAACCCAAGACGAACAACUUGCAACUCUUUGGGAAGGACGGAGUGCCACAAAAAGGCCUCCCAAGAGGCUGA